GUAUGUACCUUUUCUCUCUGUCUCUCUCUAGACUAGACUAGAAAGUAGAAAGCAUUUUCACUUUACCCCUCCCCUCUCUCUGUUGGACUGUUGCAUUUUGCGAAAAUUUCCUCCAACCCCACUGGGGAGGACCACCUACCAUCAAAGCUCUCCUUCAUGGACCUCCGCCAACAUUUCCCGGCUGAAACACCGAUGCCGUUUCUUUUCCCACGCACUUAGCCACUCCUGUUUUUUUAGCUGCUUUCUUUAUUCAUCUCUCUGCCCAUGGCUGAGGCGAACAGCAGCUCGGCCGCCACGCCGCUGGAGCUUGGCCCCGCCGCCGCCGGCUUGUCGGAGGAGCUCACGGCCAAGGCAGUCCACAAGAGGUACGAGGGGCUGAUGAUGGUACGGAACAAAGCUGUAAAGGGCAAAGGGGCUUGGUAUUGGGCACACCUUGAGCCCAUGCUGGUCCACAGCUCCGAUACCGGCUUCCCCAAAGCCGUCAAGCUCCGGUGCUCACUGUGCGACGCCGUUUUCUCCGCCUCCAAUCCAUCCCGAACUGCUUCCGAGCAUCUUAAGCGAGGGACUUGUCCCAAUUUCAACUCCAUCGUCAAGCCCAUUUCUUCCCUCCCGCCUCCGCAGGCGCCGCAUCACAACCACCGGAAACGCAGCUCCUCCGGCGGAGGCCGCACAGAGAGCAUCUCUGCGGGGUACCAAGUCGGCCCUCUUGCUAUAGUUAAUCCGUCGAGAUUCGCGCCCGAGUUGUCUUACCCACCACCCGUUGUGUCCGUGGCCGCAACGGUUGCUUCCCCAGCCGGUUCCCGCGGCGGAAUGUACCCGCCGCAGAUGGUAUUGUCAGGUGGAAAGGAGGAUUUGGCAGCUCUGGCGAUGCUGGAAGACAGUGUGAAGAAGCUGAAGAGCCCCAAAGCCUCGCCCGGGCAAACACUAAGCAAAUCCCAGAUUGAUUCCGCCUUCGAUUUCCUCUCUGAUUGGGUCUACGAAUGCUGCGGGUCGGUGUCCUUCUCCAGUCUGGACCACCCGAAAUUCAGGGCGUUCCUAAAUCAAGUCGGGUUGCCCCAGAUUUCAAGAAAAGAUUUCGCCGGGUCAAGGUUAGACGCCAAGUACGAGGAAGCCAAAGCAGAAUCUGAGGCAAAAAUCCGGGAGGCCAUGUUCUUUCAGGUCGCAGCUGACGGCUGGGUGGGGAAGAAGAAGAAGAAUGUAGGGCAUCUGGGGGAAGAUAAUUUGGUGAGUUUAUAUGUGAAUCUCCCAAACGGAACCAGUGUGUUCACGAAAACUGUUUUAACUACGGGAUACGUUCCCUCUAAAUACGCAGAGGAUGUUUUAUGGGACACAGUCACUGAAAUCUGUCCAAACAGUGCCCACCAAUGUGUAGGUAUAGUUGCAGACAAGUUCAAGUCAAAGGCGUUGAGGAACCUAGAGAAUCAGCACCAAUGGAUGGUCAACAUCUCUUGCCAAUUUCAAGCAUUCAAUGGUUUGAUCAAAGAUUUCGUAAAGGAGCUCCCUUUCUUCAAGAACGUCUCGGACAACUGUACACGCCUCGCGAAUUUCAUUAACAACAAGUCCCAGAUUCGAAACACCUUCCAAAAGUACCAGUUGCAGGAGUACGGGUACUCAGGUUUGUUAAGGGUGCCCUUGGAGAGCUCGGAUUUCGGACCGGUUUUCUCCCUGGUUGAGGACGUGUUGAGCUCAGCAAGGGCACUCCAUUUGGUGUUGAUGGACGAGGCGUACAAGGUGGUGUUGUUGGAGGAGGAGCGUUUUGCCAGGGAGGUCGAAGAUAUGAUGAGGAGCCCGCAUUUCUGGAACGAGCUGGAGGCCGUGCAUUCGCUGGUCAAACUGGUCAGGAUGAUGGGUCGGGAGAUCGAGACUGAGAAACCACGGGUGGGUCAAUGCCUUCCUCUCUGGGAGGAGCUAAGGACGAAAGUAAAGGAGUGGCGUUCCAGGUAUCACAUUGCCGAAGGACCAGUAGAGAAGCUCGUGGAAAGAAGGUUCCAGAAGAACUACCAUCCCGCUUGGGCCGCCGCAUUCAUACUCGACCCGCUCUACUUGGUCAGAGACUCGAACGGGAGGUACUUGCCGCCUUUCAAAUUUUUGACCCCGGAUCAGGAAAAGGACGUGGACAGGCUGAUCACACGGCUGGUGCCUCGGGAGGAGGCUCACAUUGCGCUGAUGGAGCUUAUGAAGUGGAGAACUGAAGGGCUAGAACCUGUUUACGCCCAAGCGGUUCAGCUGAAACAGAGGGACCCGGUCACGGGGAAAAUGAGGCUUGCGAAUCCCCAAAGUUCCAGGCUCGUUUGGGAGACGUACCUGACAGGGUUCAAGUCGCUGGGGAAGGUAGCAGUCAGGCUCAUCUUUCUCCACGCCACCUCGUGUGGUGGCGGAUUCAAAUGCAACUGGUCCUUCAUGAGAUGGGUAGGGGCCCAGUCGCAUUCUAGAGCGGGGUUGGACAAAGCCCAGAAGCUAACGUUCAUUGCUGCUCACUCUAAGCUUGAAAGACGGGAUUGUUCCAACGAGGAGAGGGAUGCGGAGCUGUUUUCGCUGGCAAACGGUGAACAUGAUGACGACGACGUGCUCAAUGAGGUUUUUGUUGAUACAUCCUCUCUGUAGUGCUUCUGUCCCUCCCCCGUCUCCCUAUUCAUUAACAAGGGAGUAUAUUCUUUGUUCAUGUUAAGUUAAGAAGAAAUUUUUAGGUUAGUUGGCUGGGAAAAGAGUGGGGGAGAUAUUUUCCCUUGGAAUUUUCUGUGAAGUUGCAGCAGGGACAGAUUCUUUUUUUUGUAACCUCUUCUUUUUAUAAUUCUUAACUAUUGGUUUGGAAUUGAUUCAUAUCUAUUGUUAGGGAGGGAAGGCUCUUCUCUUUUGUCCACACAGUUUUCCUUUUUCC